UCUCUGACAACAUCUGCUUUCCUGUUCCUGCAGGAAUUUGCACGCCUUGUUGACAGAGCAAACCCAAAAGUUGCAGCUUCUGCUGGAGGAGGUGGCUCAGCUGGAGGUGGAGAUAAGCAGUUUGAAGAAGGAGAGGCAGGAGGUGAACCCGGCAGCACUGGAGUUGGCUUUGGAAGUCUUCGUCGGAAGAUCUGACUGGGCCCUGAAAAGUUCUGGUGCCACCAUUGACAUGCAGAGAACUUCAAAGACCUAUGACUGCAAAGAGAAUUGGGGCUGCAGGGUUUUAUGGUUCUUCCACACUCCCAACCCUCCUGAUACGAUUUUGGAGCCGGAUAUUUCCCCAGGAAACUGCUGGCCAUUACAAGGGCACCAGGGCCAGGUGGUCAUCAGGUUGCGAGCACGAGUCCAUCUGACUGCUGUCAGUGUGCAGCACAUCUACAAAGAGGUCUCUCCAUCCGGGACCGUCACCAGUGCCCCCCGAGACAUCGCUGUCUUUAACACGCACAGAGCCUUUGCGCACAUCAAACUUAUUGUGAAGAGCAACUGGGGAAACACAGCCUACACCUGCAUUUAUCGAGUGCAGGUUCAUGGAAAGAUGGAAGAACAAGAAAACCUCAGCUGAAACCAGACAAGAAAAAGAGCACAAAUAAAAAAGAGAAAUGAGGGAGGAGGGAUAAAUGGUUUGUCAGAUCAGAGUGGUGUAGAGGAUCUGUCUCUAAAGUAAGGUGUGCAGGAAGGUCCACUGGGGGAUGGGUAGCAGCACCCGCUGACAGGGCUACAGGGCAGCCUGCAGGCAGCGGAUGUGGGUCACCCACAACCCUUGGGACAGCUCCUUGGGGCUGCCAGGGGCUUGUGAGCUUCCUCUUUUAAUUUCCCAGUAGCAGGGCUGGAGAAGCAUUGGAUUCCCCAGUGCACCAUCAAAGGGGUGUGUGUGAUGCCUGCCUUCUCCCGGGGGUGGUUUCAGGGGUGUGCAGCCAGCUGUGCAGCCAGGGGUACCCAGGGUUGUCAUUUCAAGUAGGGUCCCUGCACCCCAGGGGCUGCGAGUUGGAGCAGUCUGGGUAAAGUCCUCUCCCUGCUGAAAGAGCCAGCACAGGGCAGCUGAGACCAAAGCUGAUGGACAGGUGAGAUCUUCUGAAAAACUCUUUGAUAUCUCGUGUGAAUUUCAUC